UUACUUGAGAUCACGUUGCUGUAUUGACAGGGAAUGCAGAUCGCGCGCUCAGAAGCAGAGUUUCACGAGCAGCUGGAGUCGGCUCGCAGAGAGGCCCGCAAGUCAUUCAACGACGACGUCAUGCUGAUCGAGAAGUUUGUGGAGAACCCCAGACACGUCGAGGUGCAGGUGUUUGGGGACCAGUUCGGCGAUGCGGUGUAUUUGUUCGAGAGAGACUGUAGCGUACAGAGACGACACCAGAAGAUCAUCGAGGAAGCUCCAGGGCCGGGCAUCAGUCCUGAGGUCUGGAGGAAGCUCGGAGAGGCCGGGGUGCGAGCAGCUCAAGCAGUCCACUAUGUAGGAGCAGGUGAUGAUACUGUCAUGUGACGUCUGUGAUGUGUUUCACCACUCAUACGCUGGCGAUAUGCACACUAGUGUUCAAAGGAUUGAGGUCAGUUAGUCGAGUCAGCCUUAUUGUCAUUCCUGCAUAUGUGGAGACACACAGAGGAACGAAAUGUCCUGCUCACACAUGAAAACAUGGGCAUGCACACAGAACAUGAAGAAUCUAAACGUACAACUUAUACAGAUCUACAUAUGCAAAAAAACCUAUAUAAACCUACACAUAACUUAUACUUUGCAUAAACACUUUAUAUAAGGCUUAGAUACAGAGGUACAGAGUACAGUGCAAUCUAGAUAAUUCAGGGCAAAAACAUAGUGCUGCCCUUCAGAAACUAUUGAAAAUAUUCAGAUAUACCCGAAAGUAAUACAGUGGCUUUUGCAGAUUUGUCCACAAGGGGUGGCAGUGUCUUCAGAUUGUUUUAUCUGCUGUGGUGUUUUCAUUCAUCAGGUGGCAGCGGGGGAGAAGUUGCCCCUCUCGGUCAUUCUUUUGAAGCCAGA